AUGGUAGUAAAAUUCGAAUCUGUAACAGAACGCGAACGAUCUUUAAAUCGGCUUUCAUUGGGCAGGUCUCCAACAAAGAUGCCAACGCAGUUAAUACAUCCAGCAGAUGAUGAUGAGUCUGAUAGUGAUGAACCACUUUUAUCUGGUUCAGGUGCUGUUAAUCAGGAAUGUCCUGAAGAUGUACUUGAUGCUUGGAAAAAAAUUUUGGAUGAAUGGAAAGCGAAUCCUGAAGGGACUCGACCAGAAGGUUUAGCUGAUUUGAUGCGUAAUGGAGUACCUGAUUUGUUGCGCGGUGAAGUCUGGCAAUAUUUGGCUAAAGUUCAAAUUGAUCCUGAUCUCACCCAAACAUAUCGAUUACUACUUGGAAAGGAAUGUCCUUCCGAGCAGGCUAUAUUAAGAGAUAUUCAUCGUACUUUUCCUGCCCAUGAAUAUUUCAAAGAAACUGGUGGUGAGGGACAAGAAUCGCUGUACAGAAUCAGUAAAGCCUAUUCCUUAUAUGAUGAAGAAAUCAGUUAUUGUCAGGGAUUGUCCUUUUUAGCUGCUGCUCUCUUGUUACAUAUGCCUGAAGAACAAGCUUUUUGUACGCUUGUAAAAAUAAUGUUCGAUUAUGGAUUGCGCGAUUUGUUUAAACUUGGUUUAGAUGUUUUGCAUUUGCGGUUUUAUCAACUUCAAAGGUUAACAGAGGACUAUGUACCGGAUUUAUUUGCUCAUUUUUAUGAUCUUGGUGUUGAAACACACAUGUAUGCCUCACAGUGGUUUCUCACUCUAUUUACUGCGAAAUUCCCUUUGCAGAUGGUUUAUUUUAUCGUGGAUCUGUUUCUGAGUGAAGGUAUGAAUACGAUAUUCCACAUUUCAUUAGCUUUGCUUAAAGCAUCCAAGAAAGAACUGCUGCAGCUGGAUUUUGAGGGUGCACUUAAAUAUUUUCGCGUUGCCUUACCUAGGUGUUAUCGUACGGAAGCAAAUGCGAAAGAAUUAAUUCAUCAAGCUGUUAAGCUAAAGAUAAGCCAUAAACGACUAUCAAAAUACGAAAAAGAGUUUUAUUCGUUAAAAGAACGAGAACUUGAAUCUCAAGAUCCAAUGGAACGUUUAGAACGAGAAAAUCUCAGAUUGAAAGAAACUGUGAUGCGAUUAGAAAGAGAAAACGAUGAUUUGGCACAUGAACUUGUAACCAGCAAAAUAGAGCUGCGAAAAAAUCUAGACACUGCAGAAGAUAGUGUCGAAAGUUUACAAGGUCAACUUGAAAGAUGUAUGCGUACAGCUAAAGAUCUUGAAGAUGAAAACAGUGGGCUACGAAAUGAGUAUGAUCAGAUAAAAGAGAUGUGUCGAAGAGAAGUCCAACGACUCGAAUCAGAAGCACUGCGUUCUCAGAGUAUUAUUGAAAAUUACAAAGAAAUCUGCUCUGAUCUCAGUUAUCGACUAGAAAAGUUGCAAAAUGAUUUGAAUUCUCAAAAAAAACAAAUUGGUACAGUAAUUUGUCACUGCCACCAGUGUUCUGCAGCACUUGCUGAAUUUACCGAGCAAAGAAGUGGAAGUCCAUCAAUAAAGCUCUCUCCAACAGAUAACGAUGGUUGUGGUCUCAAGAUGAUGGAAUUAAUGAAUAAACUCGAGGAAAGUGAACAACAUGUGAGGCAGUUAGAGCUCAACCUUGCUCAAACUAAGCUUGAGUUAGUAGAAGCUCAGUGUAAAAAUCAAGACCUCAAUCAUCAGGAAGCGACAUUUUUCCAGAUGAGUUCAUCAGUUAGUAGCGAUAAUGAUGGCAAACAUGCGGCUUGGUUGAGAAAAACGAUUUCUUCAAUUCGCGAUGUAGGAACAUCGUUAAAACAACCUAGUCACGAGCGGAGUAACAGUAGUCUCUCUGUUGAGAGAUGA